AGUCGUUCAGUCAGUCUCGGGCUGUCCGGCCAGGGUGGUUGGUGGUAAGGAUUCAGGCUCCGUCCUAAGGAGGCCGUGGCCUGAGGCUCAGGGCCCCCAGCCCCUCCCUCCCUGCCCACCAGCGUCACCCCCCAGCCCCGAGCUGGACCGCACACCUUGGGACACGGUUUUCCACUUCCUCAGGACGAGCCCCAGGCUGGAGGAGAGGUCCGAGGAGGUGGGCGUUGGACUCUUUGCGAGGACCCCGGCGGCGGGCCCGGGGGAGGUGGCCGAGGCGGCAGCGGCCGGGGGCGACAUGGCGGAGGAGCAGGACCUGUCGGAGGUGGAGCUGAGCCCCGUGGGCUCCGAGGAGCCCCGCUGCCUGUCCCCAGGUAGCGCGCCCUCGCUGGGGCCCGACGGCGGCGGCGGCGGAUCGGGCUUGCGAGCCAGCCCGGGGCCUGGCGAGCUGGGCAAGGUCAAGAAGGAGCAGCAGGACGGUGAGGCAGACGAUGACAAGUUCCCGGUGUGCAUCCGUGAGGCCGUCAGCCAGGUGCUCAGCGGCUACGACUGGACGCUGGUGCCCAUGCCCGUGCGCGUCAACGGCGCCAGCAAGAGCAAGCCGCACGUCAAGCGGCCCAUGAACGCCUUCAUGGUGUGGGCGCAGGCGGCGCGCAGGAAGCUGGCCGACCAGUACCCGCACCUGCACAACGCCGAGCUCAGCAAGACGCUGGGCAAGCUCUGGAGGCUGCUGAACGAAAGUGACAAACGCCCCUUCAUUGAGGAGGCCGAGCGGCUCCGGAUGCAGCAUAAGAAGGAUCACCCGGACUACAAGUACCAGCCCAGGCGGAGGAAGAAUGGGAAGGCAGCCCAGGGGGAGGCAGAGUGCCCUGGCGGGGAGGCUGAGCAAGGCGGGGCCGCUGCCAUCCAGGCCCACUACAAGAGUGCCCACCUGGACCACCGGCACCCGGGAGAGGGCUCUCCAAUGUCAGAUGGGAACCCUGAGCACCCCUCAGGCCAGAGCCAUGGCCCACCCACACCUCCAACCACCCCAAAGACAGAGCUGCAGUCGGGCAAGGCAGACCCGAAGCGCGAUGGGCGCUCCAUGGGGGAGGGCGGGAAGCCUCACAUCGACUUCGGCAACGUGGACAUCGGUGAGAUCAGCCACGAGGUAAUGUCCAACAUGGAGACCUUUGAUGUGGCUGAGUUGGACCAGUACCUGCCACCCAACGGGCACCCGGGCCACGUGGGUAGCUACUCAGCAGCUGGCUACGGGCUGGGCAGCGCCCUGGCCGUGGCCAGUGGACACUCUGCCUGGAUCUCUAAGCCGCCAGGUGUGGCUCUGCCCACAGUCUCACCACCCGGUGUGGAUGCCAAAGCCCAGGUGAAGACAGAGACCGCAGGGCCCCAGGGGCCCCCACACUACACUGACCAGCCGUCCACCUCGCAGAUCGCCUACACCUCCCUCAGUCUGCCCCACUAUGGCUCAGCCUUCCCCUCCAUCUCCCGCCCUCAGUUUGACUACUCUGACCAUCAGCCCUCAGGACCCUAUUAUGGCCACUCGGGCCAGGCCUCUGGCCUCUACUCGGCCUUCUCCUACAUGGGGCCCUCACAGCGGCCUCUCUACACGGCCAUCUCUGACCCCAGCCCUUCAGGGCCCCAGUCCCACAGCCCCACACACUGGGAGCAGCCGGUGUAUACGACACUGUCCCGGCCUUAGAGGGGGUCCUGUCACCACCACCCCCUGCCUGGCCCCUCCUGGGUCCCGAGUCCCUUCCCCCAGCCUGUGUGCCCUGUUCCUCACCCAUCUCUGGCCUGGUGGUGGCAGGGGAGGAGGUUGCAGAGGCUGACAGCUGAGGGAAGGCUUUGUCUGGCUCACUGCCCUGAUGACCCACCCACCCCAUCCAGGCUCCAGCAGCAAAGCCCUGAGCUAACAGGCUGGGCAGAGGAGGAGGUUGACUAUUGCCCAUAGACUGAAAGAUGAGGGGCUGCACCUUUCCCCCCCAGGAAUGACCCUCUAUCCCAGGACCUGAGGACCCACUCACCCUCCCUGGGGAGGGGAGAAGUGCCCGGGGUUGAAUGAGCAUUGGAGGCCUUGCUGCUCUUGUGCACUCCUGUUCUCUCUCUCCUGGAGAGUGGGGAUCUGCCAUGCCCAUGCCACCUGUGCCACGGUGCCUAAGAGCCAGGCCACCCAGAGACCUGCACCAGUGCCUGGAGCUGGCUAUCUCUGCCACUGGAGGGCUGAGGACAGCUUUGAACAGCCUCGUGGGGAACAUGGGCUGUGGGGGCACUCCGUAGUUCUCAUCAUUUCAAUGCCCCCUCCCCGCCUGAAUGCAAGAAGGAGUUGGCACAGCAGCCCCCCGAUCCAAUUCCGUGCCAAUAACCUCAUUCUUUGUCUAAUCGAGAAAGCCCCUUGUCCUCCUCCACUGCAACCUCCCGACCUUGAGGCACAUCCCAGGAGGUGAGGCAGGGGCUCCAGGAAAGGAUUCAGAGACAAUUCACAGAGCCUUCCUCCCUGGGCUCCUGGCCAAGCCCUCUCUCUUUAUUAGCCCCGUGGCCCCUGCUCUGUCAGCCGCUGGGCUUCUCAGAGAGUCACAGCUGCUCAGGCCCAAACCCUCGGCUCCAGGAGGAGAGACACAGGGUCAGCACCCAGGCUGCUGGCCACAGGCUGAAGACACUAAAAUCCUGACACAUACAUUCUGCCCUUGCCUUUUGCCCUUUGCCUCCCAGUGGUAUCUGAAUAAAGUACGUAGCUAUAUCUGCCCCACUCUCCUGUUCUGCAGCCCCACAAUCCACAUGUAACUCAUUACUGUCCCCUCUUAUUUAUCUCAGUAGUCCCCUCUCCCCUGUCCUCUCUCCUAGCCACUCCAGCCCCUAUUAACUCUGCAUUAAGCACUCCACAUAAUAAAGGUUCCGGUUACCUGCUUGGGGCCUGACCCGGCCUGUC